ACUUUGCAGACAGUGAUACACAAAAAUUGGCAUCUUCUUUGUCGUCUCUCAUAAAUCUCACUGUUUCUAGCUCUUGACUUUUUGCCUUCUCUCUUUUUCUCUAUCUUCUUCUUUCUUUUAUACAUGCGACCACAUUUGUUUUAUCAAAACUAGUGUUUUUCUUUCAACAACUCCCAUACUGUCUUGUUUCUCGGAGAAGCACAGUAUGUGGAGAAGAAGAGGAAAUAGUUACCUCAUUUUGCUAGUCUGUCACUUAGCUGUCUUCCACUGCUUACUCAUCACUUGUUCAACUGCUUGUUCCAGUGGCAAUUGCCAGCUUUUAGAUUCAUGUGCUUCGGCUACGGAUUGUGGAGCAGCUUUAUACUGUGGUAAUUGCCCUGAAUUGGGAAAGAAUCAGCCUUUUUGUAUUAGAGGACAAGCUAUUGAACCCACUUCCGUUAUUAGUGGAUUACCCUUCAACAAAUACUCAUGGCUGGUGACCCAUAAUGCCUUUUCAAUUGUAAAUGCACCAUUAUUGACAGGCCCUCAGAGAAUUACUUUCUAUAAUCAAGAAGACACUGUCACUAACCAAUUGAGAAAUGGAGUCAGGGGAUUGAUGCUGGAUAUGUACGAUUUCGAGAACGAUAUAUGGCUCUGUCACUCGUUUCGUGGCCAAUGUUACAACUUCACUGCCUUUGAACCAGCAAUCAACACUUUGAAAGAGGUGGAAGCAUUUUUGAGCGCAAAUCCUACGGAAAUAGUUACCAUCAUAAUUGAGGAUUAUGUGCAUUCCCCAAAGGGUUUAACAAGGGUAUUUGCUGAUGCGGGGUUGGAUAAGUAUUGGUUUCCUGUUUCUAAGAUGCCGAGAAAGGGUGCUGAUUGGCCCACCGUGAAUGACAUGGUUAAACAGAAUCACCGUUUGUUGGUUUUUACCUCUGAUUCCUCCAAGGAAGCUGCUGAAGGAAUUGCUUAUCAGUGGAGAUACAUGGUUGAAAAUGAGCCUGGAGAUCCCGGCGUGGUGCCUGGUGCAUGCAACAGUCGUAAGGAAUCGAAGCCACUUAAUUCCAGAAGUGCGUCUCUGUUUCUAAUGAACUACUUCCCCACAGUUGCUGUACAAAACGGAGCCUGCAAAGAGCAUUCAACUCAACUUGAUGAUACGGUCGGUGCCUGUUACAAAGCAGCAGGCAACAUGAUGCCCAAUUAUGUGGCAGUAAACUUUUACAUGAGAAGUGAUGGAGGAGGAGUUUUUAAUGUUUUAGAUCAAAUGAACGGUCAGACGCUAUGUGGUUGCCCAACGGUCACGGCAUGCCAGGCGGGAACACAUUAUGGAGUUUGUAGGAAUAUUAGUGCAGCGAAUGCAGCUCCAACAGCAACCAAUCCUUCUGGAAUGUUUUCUGGGUCCGUGCAAUUAACAGGCCAUGCUUCAGCAAUCCAUUUUUCCAGUAUCAGAUACCUAUUUUCAUUGUUUUCUGUAAUGAUGUUUCUAUUAUGAGAAGAAAGAAAAAGAGUUUUACGCAGACGUUUACAUGAGUUUCAUCCGUGGAUGCUCGAUUUCUCCUAUAUUUUCAUGUGUAUAUUUUUGGAGUCGGAAUAGGUACAGUAUACACUAGAGUCCCACUUCGGCAUGUUAGAGACAAUGAACAUUCAGCUUGAAGUUUUCCUAGUAAAAAUGAACUCGUGAUUUUUAUGGAGGAGUUUGCGUAGAAGUAGGCAAUGGACUGCAGAAGAGUAAUCAAUAUGUAGCAGGUGUUUUUAUCGCGACCCAAGUCAUUUUCUAGCUGCCAGUUCUUUUCCUUCGAUAUGUUGACGGGGGUGGUCUUAUUUUUCAAGUGAAUUUUGUUUAGUUUCCAGAAAGGAAAUGUAACUUUUCUCCAGUCACAUUAGUAAGUGACCUUGUGAUUGUGCUA